AUGGAGACUAUAUCCAGAAUAUCUUCGAUGCUGGAGACAGCUAGAGAGCUUACCCUCGAAGCCGCCCAGGCCGCCGCGAGCAACAGGAGCUCAAAUCCGGACUAUGGCUCCCGAACAUACAGCGUAUCGCAUAUUAAGAAGCUCUUGGACAGUCGCCAUGAGCGCGAGGUUCUGGACGGAAUGCGGAGAGUGAUCUCGCUUAUGUAUCGCUCCGAACCAUCCCUGCCAUUUUUUUCGGCUGUCGUGAAAAACGCCGCCACUCCGAAUCUUGAGGUCAAGAAGCUGGUCUACAUCUACUUGGUUCACCAUGCGGAAGCCGAGCCGGACCUGGCGUUGCUGUCAAUCAAUGCCAUUCAGAAGUCGUUGACGGACCAGAACCCUCAAAUCCGAACAAUAGCGUUACGCACCAUGUCAGGCAUUCGUGUUCCCGUCAUCAGCCAGAUCGUUUCUCUGGCAAUCAAGCGAGGAUGCGGCGACAUGAGUCCACAUGUGCGGAAGGCAGCGGCAUUGGCGAUUCCAAAAUGCUACCGAUUGGAUCCAAACACUCUGCCACAACUGAUAGGGUACUUGUCGACAUUGCUGGGAGACCCUCAAUACUUUGUGGUAGGACCUGCAGUUGCUGCUUUCCUCGAGGUCUGCCCGGACCAGAUCGAUCUGAUCCACAAGCACUAUCGCAGUCUCGUGAAGAAACUGGUUGACAUGGAUGAAUGGGGUCAGCUUGCGACUUUGCGACUCCUGACUAUCUAUGCACGCAAGUGCUUUCCUCGUAAAAGCCAGAAGAUCAAGCAGGCUGUCACAACCAAAUCAUUUUACGACAAUGACGAGGGCCAAGUCCAGGGGAAGCCUGUCGAUGGCGCCGAGUACGAGGUUCAGCUAGUUGACCCUGACUUUGAGCUUCUUCUCCGGGCGUGCAAACUUCUGCUGCAGAACCGCAACUCUGCGGUCAUCGUCAGUGUGGUUCGCUGUUUCUUCCACCUUGCGCCGCCUGAUUACCUCCAAUCUGCGAUUGGCCCCCUGGUGGCUCUUUUGAGGUGUCCCCAGGAUAUGCAACAUAUUGCUCUGUACAACAUCGUUGCGGUUGCUUUGAGAGAUCCUCGGCCGUUCACAAAGUACAUCUCUCGGUUCCUUGUGCAUGCUAGCGACCCAUUACACAUCUGGCGCCUCAAACUCGAAAUUUUGACAAUUCUCUUCCCUUACUGCGGGCAGCACUGGAAGGGUGUGAUCAUCAGCGAGCUUGAACACUUCUCUGCUAGUGCUGACCCGGAGCUAGUUCGAGAGAGUGUGCGAGCAAUUGGACGCUGCGCCCAGGGUGACGCCAACACUGCUGAUCUCUGCCUGCGCAUUCUACUUAGUCAAAUUUCAAGUCUGGAUGGCAACCUGGUUUCCGAAUCGCUGACAGUCAUCCGACACCUGAUUCAACAAGAUCCGCCUUCCCAUAAGCAAACGGUUGUCAAGCUUGUGAGCCAUCUCGGCACAACAACAAACCCUGACGCCCGGGCAACGAUAAUUUGGCUCGUGGGAGAAUUCGCAGGCGUUGAUCCCCGACACAACAUUGCACCUGAUGUUUUGCGUGUCCUGAUCCGGUCUUUUGCGGACGAGACUGAGAUCGUCAAGCAACAGGUCGUUCUUCUAGGAGCUAAGGUAUAUCUUCACCACUUGCUUCAAAAAUCUUCCACCGAGACACCAGACCAAGCUUUACCUUCUAUCGAUAAUGCGACUGCCACGCGCCUUGGGGAAGCCAUUGAAAAUGAAUGGACUUCGGACCAGCGCGGAAACGAACCUCACAUGGAAGGCACCCAGCAAUCUGGGGAGGCAGAGGAGAUUGCAAAUGAAGAAAACGAGGAUCGUAUCACUAUGCUCUGGCGCUACAUCUUGCUCUUGGCACGGUAUGACCCUUCAUACGAUCUCCGCGACCGCGCUCGCUUGUAUAAAGCUCUUCUUGCGACUCCCUCGUCCACACAGCUAGCCAACUUGCUCUUGUUGGCCCCCAAGCCCGUCCCGCAUGCCCCUAGUCCGUCAGAGACACGCAAAGACCUCCUACUAGGUACGGCCACUCUUGUUAUUGGUCAAGAGGCAGGACAUCACGGCCUACGGGGGUAUGCCAAUCUUCCUGACUGGGUUGAACCAGGUCAGGAGCCCGACUCUAGUCUACGGGCCGAAGAGAUCAAGCCAGAGACUUCAACAACCCUCGAUGCUUCCAUGACUGCUGGAGCCCGCUUGGACAAGGCCCUCAGAGAACACAAGAGCAUCGUGCCACCACAGAGAUCCGGCGGUGGAGUGAGCGGUGCAAUCUCUGGCAAGAAGACUCUCGAUCAAUGGCUUGACGAAGAGGAGGAAACGGACGCAGAGUCAGAGACUGAAGAGGAAACAGAUUCUGAGGAAGAGACCGGCUCCGAAGAGGAUUCCGAGGACGGAUCAGAUAAUGACUCAGAGGACGAGGACGAGGACGAGAAUGACGACUCUGAAGUAGACGAUACUGACUCUGAGACGGAAGCCGUGCACAAAGAGGCUCAACAGCUGCUUAAGUGA